AACGACGACAUCAGCUUCGUCAUAAAUUUAAUUUUCCAGAAAAUUCAACCAAACAAAACUAAUUUAUCCCAUUGUGAAAAAAAUGGAAAAUAUUAAAACUGUCGUUUUUUUUCUUUUAAUAUCGAUUAUUGUUAUAAUAUCGUUUGAUGGUAAUAUUGUUGAUUGUGGAAUAAUAAAUCGAUUAUGGAAUUGGGGUACCGGUAAUCGUUAUGGUCAACAACAACAACAAUAUCCAGGUGGUGGAUAUUUUGGUGGUGGAUAUUAUCCAGGUUAUUAUCCUGGAUAUGGUGGUCAACGUUAUCCAAGUUAUGGUGGUCAUUAUGGAGGACAUUAUUACCCAGGAUAUGGUCGAAGAUGAACACAAACAAAAAACUUUAUAACCAUCUUUUUUGGAUCACCAAUUUUGAUCAGGUUUUUGCAUUUUUUCGAAAAAAAAU